AUGUCGUCCGAGGAGGAACGCCAGCAGGCCCUCGAUGCCUACCGAUCCGAGCUCCUCAAGUCGAGGGAGCUCGAGACGAAGUUGAAGGACUUGCGCCUGGAGAUUAGGGAACUACAGAAGGAGUUUGACCGCACCGAAGACUCCAUCAAGGCGUUGCAAAGUGUAGGCCAGAUUAUCGGUGAAGUCCUCAAACAGCUACCAGAUGAGCGAUUCAUCGUCAAGGCCUCCUCUGGGCCACGGUAUGUGGUCGGCUGCCGAACGAAGCUCGACAAGGAGAAGCUGAAGCAGGGAACACGCGUCGCCCUCGACAUGACAACACUCACCAUCAUGCGCAUGCUCCCUCGCGAAGUCGACCCUCUCGUCUACAACAUGUCCCUUGAGGAUCCCGGCCAGGUAAACUUUGCCGGUAUUGGUGGCCUGAACGAUCAGAUUCGCGAACUCCGCGAGGUUAUUGAGCUGCCACUGAAAAACCCCGAGCUGUUCCUGCGUGUUGGUAUCAAGCCCCCCAAGGGCGUCCUCCUAUACGGCCCCCCUGGUACCGGAAAGACCCUUCUGGCACGUGCUGUUGCAUCUAGUCUCGAGACAAACUUCCUGAAGAUCGUUUCCUCUGCCAUCGUCGAUAAGUACAUCGGAGAGUCAGCCCGUUUGAUUCGAGAAAUGUUCGGCUACGCAAAGGAGCAUGAACCCUGCAUCAUCUUCAUGGACGAGAUUGACGCCAUUGGUGGUCGAAGAUUCUCUGAGGGUACCAGUGCGGAUCGUGAAAUCCAGCGGACGCUCAUGGAGCUGCUCAACCAACUCGACGGUUUUGAUUACCUUGGCAAGACAAAGAUCAUCAUGGCCACCAACCGACCCGAUACCCUCGACCCCGCUCUUCUCCGUGCCGGCCGUCUCGAUCGUAAGAUUGAGAUUCCUCUGCCUAACGAGGUUGGGCGACUGGAGAUUCUCAAGAUCCACGCUGCCGGUGUCAUCACCGAUGGCGAGAUUGAUUUUGAGAGCGUAGUCAAGAUGAGCGAUGGACUGAACGGUGCUGAUCUGCGCAAUGUUGUUACAGAAGCUGGCCUCUUCGCUAUCAAGGACUACCCGUGAUGCCAUCAGCCAAAGACGAUUUCAACAAAGCCGUUCGCAAGGUUGCCGAGUCGAGAAGCUCGAGGGCAAGCUUGAGUACCAGAGCUCUAGACUGGGAUGACGAUAGUUAGUCAUCUCGAAGGACCAGGGCUUGUAAGGUUCAGAGUUGUAACCAGGGUCACAAUACCCAUUAUCACAACCGGGACCUCCAACGGAAAUGUGUUGGCUCGGGCAGGGAAUAUGUAGCGAUUGCUGGCGCAGCGAGGUUCAGCGACAGUCUGCUUACCACUAGACAUCUCACGUUAUACCGUCUCUGGGCGGUCGGACCCGAAUAUACUGGGUUUGGUGCACUGGAAAAGGAAACAUAACGGGCUGAACAAGCCGAAGUUGAUUUUGU